AUGGAUCUCGGAGCAGUGUUUGAACAUGUCAUAAAGGAGAUGGAGUGGAGCGACGUGCUUGACACUGUGCAGGCCCUGGUUGGGGAAAUGUUGGGAGACACACCCAACCCUCCACCCCAGCGUCCGCCUCCGCCUCCUCCUCCUCCUCCUCCUCCUCCCAAUGAGCUCAGAUUUGACACCCACCCUCAGCCGGUGGACAGAGGUUACGGUGGGUGCAUCCCCCUGGGAGCAGCUCCACGCUGCUUGAAGGUCGGGCAUGCUGCUCCCAUUAUCUACCAGGAGCAAAAUAUCCUGCAGCCAGGUCACCUGCACAACCAGGCAGGUGCUUACGCUCAGGAACAGUAUGACGACGUGCCGGUGUUGAGGCUCCCCAACGCCAUGAAGGAGAACCUGGUUACCAUUGGAAUAGUGAACGGAGAGUUGGUGUACGGAUUUCCUGCAGAGGGAUUCCCUCCCGUUUCUCCUGGUGCUCCUUCACCGAACACCUCCAUGUCACUAAAGAGAAAGAGUGAGAUCCAGCAGGAUGAAGGCCGGCCAUACAUCAAGAAGCCGCCCAACGCCUUCAUGCUCUUCAGGAAGGAGCAGAGGGCGAAGGUUGUUGCAGAGCUGAACAACAACAAUAACGCGACAGUGAAUACUGUCAUUGGACAGAGGUGGAAGUCGAUGUCGAAGGAGGAGCAGGCCAAGUACCAUGAGGAGGCAGAGAAGGAGAGGACGCUCCACUCCCAGCAGUUCCCAGACUGGUCCUGCAGUGACAAUUAUGGCAAAAAGAGGAAGAGGGUGAGGAGGAAAGCUCACACCACAGCCGAUGCGUCUGCGUCUCAACCCGAGGAGGUCACACAGCAAGCCAAGAAGCUGUGUGUCAUACCAGUGCAGACGUAUGUGAUGGAGCCCUCCGCCUUACAGUCACAUGUGAUGGAGCCCUCCGCCUUACAGUCACAUGUGAUGGAGCCCUCCGCCUCACACACAGAAGUGAUAGAGCCUCACACCUCACACACAGACGUGAUGGAGUCUUCCAUGCGUCAUGGGAGGCCUUGA